GGCAUUAAAGUGGUGAAAAUCUGACCAUGGGUGACUGGAACCUGCUGGGCAGCAUCCUAGAAGAGGUCCACAUUCAUUCCACCAUUGUAGGGAAGAUCUGGCUCACUAUCCUCUUCAUCUUCCGCAUGCUGAUCCUGGGAGCUGCAGCUGAGGACGUCUGGGAUGACGAACAGUCGGAGUUUGUCUGCAAUACGGACCAACCAGGCUGCAAGACGGUCUGCUAUGACCGGGCCUUCCCUAUUUCCCUCAUUCGCUACUGGGUGCUGCAGGUCAUUUUUGUGUCUUCACCCUCGCUGGUCUACAUGGGCCAUGCUCUGUACUGCAUAAGAGCGCUGGAGAAGGAGCGCCACCGGCGACGAAUCCAGCUGAAGGGUGAGAUGGAUGAGGCAGAGCUAGGACUGGAGGCUCAUAAACGCAUAGAGAAGGAGCUGAGGAGGCUGGAGGAGCAGAGGAAGGUGAAGAAAGCCCCUCUUAGAGGUUCUCUGCUGAGAACCUACAUCAUCCAUAUCCUUACUCGCUCUCUGGUGGAGGUUUGCUUCAUCCUGGGCCAGUGCAUCCUGUAUGGGAUUCAUCUGGAGCCCCUGUUUAGGUGUGAGAGGCUACCCUGCCCCAACAGUGUGGACUGCUACAUCUCCAGGCCCACAGAAAAGACCAUCUUCAUGGUUUUCAUGAUCAUCAUUGCUGGGGUGUCACUAUGCUUGAACAUUCUGGAGAUUGUCCACUUAGGAAUCCGUAAAAUCAAACAGACUCUGUGCGGAGAGAGGUACACAGAGGACGACAGUUUGAUCUACAGGUCCAAGAAGAAGGCAUCCUUGCAACAGCUUUGUGUCAUGAGCAAUGUUUCCCCUUACAAUGGGCCACUGACUCAGACCUUCAAAGUGAUUCAGGAGGCCGACAUAAAACCUCUUCAUUACAGCAGUGGAGUCAAAGUCAUCCACGAUCUGCCAAGACACAACAGCUUGGUUCAUCUGGGUCAGAGCAGCUACACCUGCCCCACAGCUAGAAUGACACUCAAGUCUGGAGAGAUCUGUGCAAUUCCACAAACCAGUGAAGGUUCAGAGGUCCACACAGUGACCCUGGACCAUCAUCCAGCCUGGAACUCAGCCAUGUCCACAGUGGAGGAGGACACAACCAGCCAAGCAGAAAUAUAUGAGCAGCAUCCUCAGUCCAGCAAUCUGGACCCAGUGCUGUCUGGGAGAACCUUAAGGCCUGGAGCCAUCAGAACCCUCAAUGAAGAAGAAAGACGACAGUCGACAGUCAGCGACUUCCUGAUCCCCAACCCCAGAAGGACCAGUUUCAUGAACAGGCCUCCCUCCGAAAGUCUGUCCUCCAUGAGCGCCUCUACCAGUCAAUCCUUGCACAGCUCAGAGGAGUCAGAUGAACUGGGAUCUCUCCAGGGAGACAUGCCUAUGAUGCCGCCGGCAGGAGGCCGACGGAUGUCAAUGAGCAUGUUUCUGGAUAUUUCCUCCAUCAUGAAGAAGUGAAGAGAUGAGGCUGAGUUACAGCAGCUGGAGAGAAACUGUAUCAGCAAUCCAUCGAUUCUCCGAGUGAGCCACAUGGGGCCAGGAUCGGCCAUGAUGAGGCAGCUGACUCCCCGCAGGAGAGCAGCAUGAUUCAAAGCACCUUACGAAGUCUGCACGAGCCUUUCACUGCAAAAGCUGGAUUGGGUUUAAAGAGGAUCUGCUUAAUUCAGGAACUCUGUGUUCAAAUCAAGGACAGAUUCAGUCUGUGUAGUCAUUCGUAUAAAAACCUCUUCAGUUCGUUCAGAUUUAAAACAGAAACACUUGGACAUAUUUACCCAGAACACACCACCAACAGUCCUCAUGCUUUUAUUUCUCUACAAAAAGUUUUUUUUUUCCUGUCAGACCUUUUUUCUUAUCAAAUAAAUUAGAUGUGACAUGUUGUUCAGUUUCUACAAAAGCCAGAGAAACCUCAUUCAGAGACUUAAAAAGAAAAAGCUUUAAAUAACAGUCAUCAGUUAACAGUUACACAAAACAGGUAAAAAUGGUCCACAAAACCUACAAAGAAGUAUGCAGAGUCAAAAGUUAGAAACACAGAGUCUGUCGCAAAAGAGGAAUGCUGAAGAUCCAAACAUGGAUUCUUCUUCAUUUUUAUCUGGUAUCAAGUCCAAAUGUCACAAAAGUUCUCCUGAAUGUUGAUACUGCUGCAGAAAGUUCAGCUCCAUAACCGUGCUGAAGUUCAAACCAAAAAUUCAGUUUGUUUAGUCAUGUUUAUGGGAUAAGGUCAGAGGGUUUGGUUGGGAGGAGGCUUGGUCUUACAUAAGCUUUAAAGAAAGUUGUUCAAAUUGCAGAAGAUAUUUGGGACCCAUAUUAGUCCCGUAUGACACUGUUUUUCAACAAUAGUGUCUCCAGUCAGAGGCUUCUUCAGAUCUGCUGUAAGACAGACCGCCACAGGAGAUCCUUUCUGCCCAGAGCCAUCAGCAUCUACAACGGCUCUUUGAUGAAACCUUCGUAAUAUGAGCUACGUUAAAUUUCACUUCGGGAUUAAUAAAGUAUUUUUGAAUUUAAAUUGUGUCAAACAUGUAUUGACUACUAAAUUAACUUACAAAAUGCCAUCUGGGCCCAUUUUUUAGCCCAUUAUCAUUCACUAUGAGCCCCUUAUGCAUAGGUUGGGUCCCCUGUAUAUGCAACCAACUUGGGGUUAUGUAUCCCAUGGAUAAUCCAAUUUGGGCACAUUUUUCAGCGGUUUUCCUACCAAUAUGGGCCCAAUAUGUGAAGGAUGGUUUGUCUUGUAAAGGCAACUAAUGUGGGGCAUUAUGUGACCCAGUGGUCCGCAACCCUAUCCCUCGGGGCCCAGUGUCCUGCGUGUUUUGGAUGUGUCUGUGCUCCAGCACACCUGACCCGAAAUGUGUGAAUUACCUCCUCUGUUAGGUUAUUAAGCAGGCAUUAAUUUAAGUCGGGUUAGUGGCAGCAGGGAAACACCUAAAACAAUUAAGACAGUAGACCCUAGGACCAGGGCUAGAGACCAUUUAUGUAGCCCACAGCUAUCUAUCAAUCUAUCUAUAUAUAUAUAUAUAUAUAUAUAUAUAUAUAUAUAUAUAUAUAUAUAUAUGAAACUGAAACACCUGUCAUUUUAGUGUGGGAGGUUUCAUGGCUAA